AUGGCGGCGAAGCAGGACUUCGUCAAAUUAGUAAUACCAACUGGCGCUAAAUCUGCGGUUUGGGAUUCAUUCGGGCUACCCGUUUAUGAGAAAAAUGGGGUUCGAACCACAGAUAAAUCAAAGGUAAUCUGUAAAGUUUGUGAUAUUCAACUGAAAUACAAUGGGAAUACGACGAACAUGAUGAAGCAUCUUAGCAGACAUCACCCGUCUGCUAUGUUGUCUCCAACAUGCGGCGGAACAAAGUCAACCAACAUAAAAAAAGAGAAUGACACUGAUUUGCCACGAGCAUCAUCAUCGGGACAAUUACUUUUGACAGACCUGAAGAAACACACAAAAUAUUCCUCGGAUUCGACCCGGGCUAAGGCAUUAAACAGAAAAGUUGGGGUGUUUAUUGCCAAGGAUUUGAGGCCCCUGUCAAUUGUCGACAAUAAGCAUUUCCGAGAGUUUGUCACGGAAUUAGACCCAAGGUAUUCUUUACCUACCAGAAAGCACUUUUCUGAUAAAAUAAUUCCUCAGCUGUAUUGUGAAACGAAGGAAAAAGUGUUAAAUGAUAUUAAAAAAGCUGACUCUAUUGCAUUAACUACCGAUUCGUGGACUUCUAGAAUGUGUCAAAGUUAUGUGACCAUUACUGUACAUUUCAUGCUUUCUGAUUGGGACAUGCAAUCAUAUGUGCUACAGACAAGACACUUAGAUGUUUCUCAUACUGGAGUAAACAUAGGUCAGGUUCUCCGAGAAGCUGUCAGAGAGUGGGGAUUACCCACAGAAACUGAUAUACCACUGGUAACAGACAAUGCCUCAAACAUGGACAUAGCGGCUAAAACAGCAGAUUUGCAACCUCACAUUGGAUGCUUUGCUCACACAGUCAAUUUGGCUUGCCAGAGGGGUCUGAAAGUCCCUGCACUUGGUCGUCUGCUUGGCAGGAUUCGCAAGGUAGUAUGCUUCUUUCAUCGUUCAUCAACAGCAACUGCUGUUCUUAAAGCAAAACAAGGACAAUUGAGUUUAACUGUGCACAAAUUAGUACAAGAUGUUCAGACAAGGUGGAACAGCAGCUUUGAUAUGAUCCAGAGAUACCUAGAACAGGAACCAGCAAUUCAUGCUGCACUCUCUUCUCCAGAAGUGAAAAAACCCAUCAAAGACAUAGUAACUUUGUCUUCUAAUGACAUCUCUGAUGCAGAACAGAUCAUGAAAGUUUUGGAACCCCUUAAAACUGUGACCAACAUAAUGUGUGCUGAACAUACACCCACAGUGUCUCUGAUAUACCCAAUGAAAGCUGUCAUUCUGGAGAAUAUGUCAGAAAGUGUACAUGACUCAAAUCUUGUUAGGGAUGUAAAGCAGGCUAUCAGAAAUGACCUCAUCAAACGCUACAGUGAGGAAGAUACAGCUGAGUUUUUACUGAUGUGUGCCGCUUUGGAUCCACGAUUUAUGGGUCUUCCAAGGCUAGAGCCAGACAAACGAGAUGAGAUUUAUAGUAACAUCGAAAGCAUUGUAGAUAUGUCAUCAGGAUCAACAGAUGGUGAUCUCUGCCCUCCUCCUGCCAAAAAAUCUGCUAUUGAGCAACUGUUAGGAGAUGUGUAUAUUGUGUCUGUCUCAGCUGCAAAAACAAUUGAAGAAAGAGUGAAAUCUGAACUUGAAACCUACAAAGCCAAAGCAUCUAUUCCCCUCAGUUCAUGCCCUCUCUUAUGGUGGCGCACCAGUGAAGAGAGUUUCCCAUUAUUGGCUAAAUUAGCAAAGAGAGUGCUGGGUAUUCCAUCAACCAGUGUGGCAAGUGAGAGGGUGUUCAGCACUGCUGGUGACAUCAUAACUGCAACAAGAAGUGCUCUCAAUCCUGACAAUGUUGAUCGCCUCAUUUUUCUCAAAAGAAACCUUUAA